AUGGAACCAUCAAAUGCCCGUAAGAGGUAUCCUUGUUUACAUUGCAGUGAAGUGUGUAGCUCCAACUACAAUUUGGAUCGACAUAUAGCUCGACGGCAUCCUGAUAAGCUUCCGGAAGUGAUAAGGAAGAAACGGCGAGCUUCCAACGUGCCCCUGAGUUUCGUGCUGCCACAGUCGAUUGGUGCGCUUCAGCCGAGUACCAGUGAGAAUAUUGAUGGUUUUGAUGGUAUGUUAAUAUAUUUUUGUUGUUUUAUGGUUUUAGGCAUGAGGUCUUCGUGCUAGUCUGAAAAAUGAUGUUUUGGUGCUACUGGUGCUAUUUAUUAUCAAACUAGUGCAGUUUUAACCUAAUCGGUACUAUUUUAAAAUUUAGUGCUAUUUUAAGUUAUUUGGUACUAUUUAUAAAUUUGGCGCUAUUUUAAGCCAAUUGGUACUAUUUUUACAAAAGUAGUGCUGUUUUAAGUUAUUUAGUACUAUUUGUAAAUUUAGUGCUAUUUUAAGCUAAUUGGCACUAUUAUUUAUAUUUUAAAUUAAAAUAGUACUCUUAGUACUGUAGAACAACUUUUUUAGUACCAAACUACUUUUUUGGUGCUAAAAAAGAGUACCAAACCAAAAAAUUUGUUCUUCAGUACCAGUGACUAGAAAGGACAAUUUCAGACGCCAUAGAGCUAACUUUCGAACCGGCUGCCCCAAAACCCCGCAGGCAUAUUUGUGAGAUUUGCGACCAGUCGUUCGGAAGCAAAUUCAAUCUAGAACGGCACAAGAAGCGCCGACACAGUGAGGAUUCGCGGACUACACGCAUUCUGGAACAGUUUGAUGAACAACUCGGCCUCAUGGAGAAUUCACCUUUCGAUCUACAGUCGACUUCACAAGGUGAAUCUUUAAUUAUGGUUGAAGUUUUAGGCUUAUCUAAAUCUGAAAGAGGGACAACUAGGACCGGGCUGGGCUGAUGCUUUGAAAGAAGGCAAGACUUUGGGCCCGGCCUUCUAUUGAAAGAAAGUUCUUGCCAUUUUGGUUUUGUAAAAAAAGUUCAUGCCAUUUCUUGUUUUGUAAAGAAAGUUCUUGCCAUUUUUGUUUUGUAAAGAAAGUUCUUGCCGUUUUUUGUUUUGUAAAGAAAGUUCUUGCGAUCCUAAUUUUUUCAAUACCAGUAAUCAAAAAGCGCUUCCAAUGUGAAUAUUGCCCUGAGUUUUGUGUUACCCGCUUCAACCUCAAUCGUCAUAUUGAUCGUAUUCAUCCGGAGAAAUCGCAUUCGAAUUCGGAACGUGAACGACGAAGUAUGUACUGUUAUUUAUGCUCAUUCUACUGUUAUCGACUGGCACAAUUGAGUAAACAUGUUGAGGUUGUGCAUAAUGUCAGAAUGGAUCCGGUUGUUGGAAGAGUGGUUGGAGUGGAGCAGUUUCAGGUGAGGUUAAGCCUAAAGUUACGUCUUAAGCCUAAAAUCAGGAUUUUAAAGUGAACCUUGAAAGUUAAGCCUAAAAAUUAAGUUAUAAGCCUAAAAAUCAAAGUUUAAGUCAAAAACCUGGACCUUUAAGUUAACUUUGGAAGCUAAGCCUAAAAAUAACGUUUUAAGGCUAAAUAAUGAACUUGGAUCAAAAUUUUAUAAGUUAAGCUUAUAAGUCAUAUCUUAAGCCUAAAAUCAUUUUUAGAACCAAAAAUAACUUUUUAAACCUCAAAAUCACGUUCCAAACUUGAAUAUCACAUUUUACGCCUAAAGCUUAGUUUUGAACGAAAGUUUUACAAGUUAAGCCUAAAGGUCAUACCUUAAGCUUAAAAACGUUUUUAUGUCUAAGAGUUAACUUCUAAGCCUAAAAUUUACGUUGUAAGCCUAAAAGUUGGAUCUUAACGUUUACCUUGGAAGCUAAGCCUAAAGUUCAUAUUUUAAGCCUAAACCUGUUUUUAGGCUUAAAGAUGACUUUGUAAGCUUAAAAAUCGUGUUUUAAUUUAAGCCUAAUGCCCAUUUUUAGGCCUUGAUAACUAACCUCCGAGCCCGCUUCUCCGGCACACUGCAACGUCGGCCGAAGGAAGAGAACGGCGAGGAAGAACAUUGGACAUUCAAGUGUAAUCACAUUACUCCCAUCAACAACCAAGACGACUCGAAAGCAUCAAGAAAGUCACCGUGCACGUUCUACUUGCACAUCAAACGUACCAACGACAGCUACGACAUUACCGGUUGUGGUACUCAUUUUGGGCACGAAGUGCUGCCACACGAGUUCACUGACAGCCUACUACAAGAAGAGUAUUAUGAUGAACAAGAUCUUGGGCAUGUAACGUAUUUGCACGAAGGCGACAGUAAUUUCAACGUCAUGGAGUUGGUGAAUAGCAUGGUUAAUGGGUAUGAAGAAGAGGAUCCGGUGGAGGAGGUAAGAGGACUUUUAUUAGCAAAACCUUUGUUUACAGAGCAUAAAAUCGCAAGAACUUUCUUUACAGAACAUAAAAUGGCAAGAACUUUGUUUACAAAACUAAAAACGGCAAAAAUUUUCUUUAUAAGAGAAAAAAUGGCAAGAACUUUCUUUACAGAACAUAAAAUGGCAAGAACUUUCUUUACAAAUCAUAAAAUGGCAAUAACUUUCUUUACAACAAGUUUUCAUCAAUUUUAAGCUUGUUUUCACUAUUUUCUAUACUAAUUAUGCAAGCCUGACCUAUUAAACUACCCUAAUAUCGAAUCAAAACAGGCUAGCGGAAUUGGAACGGCGUUGAUUUUGGUUAAUUCUAGAUGGAAGAUAACAUAAUAAGUCGUUAUUGGAACGGCGUAGCUAGUAAUUUACUUGUUUUUACGGUUUUUAAAUGUGUUUGAAAACUUUAGAAAAUGAAAGAUUGGUGGAAGAUUUCCAGUGCAAAUUACAUUACAAAUCUUCCACUUGACUUACAUUUAUGAUUUUUUGAUUUGUAAAGAAAGUUCUUGCUAUUUAUUGAUUUGUAAAGCAAGUAAUUGUCAUUUAUUGAUUCGUAAAGAAAUUUCUUGCCAUUUUAUGUUUUGUAAAUAAAGUUCUUGCCAUUUUACGUCUUGUAAAGAAAGUUCUUGCAAUUUUCUGUUUUUUUAAAGAAAGUUGUUGCAAUUUUUAAUAAACUGUCUUUAGAUGUCAGACGAAAGUGCAGUUGUGCUGAAAAAAGAAAUGCAACAUUAUCAACCGUUGUUAUCGACCAAUAACCAAGAUGAUGACAAUCAGUUUGUCAUAACAAGGCCAAACUUUUUUUUGAAAAGCGAGGGUGACAUACCGUUCCCUCAACAUGUUUUGGAAGAGGCUGAGGUUACGGUCGAUUCUUGGUCGGAUUAUGAUGGUGAGUUAGGCUUGUUUUUGUUUCAUAAAAUAUGACUCUUAGGCUUACAUUAAACGUUUUCAAGCUUAAGAUAUGACCAUUAUGCUUAAUUUUAAAGCUUUACUUUGAAGAGUUAGUUACUGGGUUCAUAAGUGCUUUUUAGGCUUAAGUGAUAUAGUUUAGAAACGUCCUUAAGAUAAAAUGACUAUUGGGCUUUAGUUUUAAGGUUUUAAUUUGAAUUUUUUAUUAUUAGGCUUAUUAUUUUUUAAGUUGGUUUUUAGGCUUAAGAGAAGAGUUAUUUAUUUAUUUAUUCGGCGUCAACAACAUAAAAGUGGUAAUAAAAUGGAUAUAUAUUAUAAUUAACUAUGACUGUUGGCGAGGUCUCCAAAGAGACAGAUUGAGUUUUAGGCUUAAAGGACAAUUUUUAGGCUUAAGGUAUGAUUAUUAGGCUUCAUUUUAAAGUUUUACUUUGCAUUUGUAGCGACUGGGCUUAUAGGUGCUUUUUAGGCUUAAAAAAUUUUAUUUAGGCUUAAUUUUUUAAAAGUUUAUUAUUAAGCCGAAUGCUCGUAUUAAAAUACGAGCAUUAAGCUUGAUUUUUAAGGCUCAUAAGUUUCUUUUAGGCUUAAGUGAUGCUUGUUAGGUCAGAUGCAUUUUAGGCUUAAGAUAUGACAUUUAGGCAUAAUUUUUGACUUCAGAACUAAUUUUUAGGCUUAAAAACGUGUCUGUAGGUCUAAAAGUUCACAGAACAUUCAAAACCUCAUUUUGUCUUGUUUUCAUUACCUUUUUGAAAGAUGAAAGAACAUCCAUCAGCUGAUGUCAGGUCACAAAACAUCCAAUGCUCGGUCUGUGUUUUGUAGUCAAUAUCAUUGUGUCUAUACUUCAUGUUUUGUAGUCGAUUUAUAAUCAUUUUAGUGAUAUAUAAAUGAGUUUUCAUUGAUAUGUUAGCUAGCAUAGCAAGUUGUUUCGUUUUUCGAACUUAAGCUUAAACUUUUCUUCAGGGUACUGUAACUUUCUUCGGGAUACUGUAACUUUCUUCGGGGUACUGUAACUUUCUUCGGGGUACUGUAGCAUAUAUAAGCUAGCAUAGCAAGUCGUUUCAAUUUUUUUGGAUUUUGAAUUUUUUUUUCAAGAUACUGUAACUUUAGAUGCGGGAAUUUAAAAUCCUCAUAGGUUACUGUAACUUACUGAGCUUCAAAGUACGUAUUUGCUACAGAACCUAUAGGUUUCUGUAGCAAAUACGGUAAAGUUUUGUAACAGAACUUUUGGCGCUCCCUGUAAAGUACUGUGGCAAGUAAAAUAUUGCUUAAAACAGCUUUAGUGUAGCUUGUGACCUUAUAACAAUAUGACCAUUACUUUUGUAGUAUACCAACUAAGUCCGUCACUUUACAUUGUAAAAAUUUACUUUGAUUGGUUUACCAGACUACGAACUUUGAAAAAACAAACUAACAAUAGUCAUUCUAACUUAUUUUUGACUUAUUUUAAACUUUUAUUGUUCUUCGGCUAUAUUGCACUAGGUCAACUUGAUAGUAUCCUAUAGUAAACUCAUUACAUUGAUACUAUGGUGAUACUAAAAGAUAACCUAUACCCAAUUCUUGAUUCUCCAUUAUUACCUAUUGGUAAGGAUGCCAUAAAAGUUUUAGUUUUACUGCUUUUAGGCUUAAUUUUAAGCAUAUAUUGUCUUUAGGCUUAUUUUCACUUCUAACCUUUAGGCUUAUAUUUAAAAUAGCUUAUUCGACCUAAAAAUUGAUAAAACCAAUUUAGAAUGGUAAAUAACGUCGCGUUAAGCCCUGUUUUAACAAAUUUUUCACUAAAGCUUAUCUUGUUUUAGCAUCAGACUUUAUUUAUCCUACCGAAAUUUGGAGUUCCGCCUAAAAUUUCACGAAAAAGUCUAGUUAUUCGGACACUUUUCGAUCGCAAACUACAACUCAUACGUUUACAAAGAACGGACGACCACCCCACUGCAUUCCAAACAUUUAUUCUCAACCAUUUUAGCCGUUUUUUAGCUAAAACUUUGAAUUUUGUCGAAUUUUGUCUAGCUUCAGACCGUUCUCUAACCACACUCUCUUCUUUCGUCACGCUCUCUCUUCUCUCUUUUGUUUUUUCUUCAAUUUUGUCUGACCGAAACCUUAUUCUCGCACGCUCUCUUCUUUUUUGGCGCUCUCUCUUUUCGUAUUGGACGUUUUCUCGUAAAAUUCCAAUUUUUUGGAUUGCCAAAUAUUUUCAGACCUUCUUAUUUACCCCAGUCUCCUCAGAUUACUCUUCUUUUGCUUAUCAUUUACAUCAUUUUGUUUUUAUCAACUUAUUAGGCCAACUUUUAGUUGUUUUUACACUUCUUCUUUAUGAAAUGAACAAGAACAUUGUUAUUCUAACACGUCGUUGUGCUAGAUUGAGUGGGUUUUUCGUUUCAGAGGGUCGAAUGGCAUCCUCUCGGGCCAGUCCAGACUAUGUACACAAACUCCAGCACUUGGAGAAGAUUGGAGACGAUGUGUUUCGGUAUGUUCUUUCGAUUUUUUCUUCUUGUUUUAGGUAUGAAUUGGGAAAAUGAAUGUAGACAAAAGGAAACAGGUGAUAUUGACCUGGUUUUGAGCUUGGUCGAUAGAGAAAAGUUUAACGCAACUUUUACAAACUAACUUCUGCAGCAACACAUAAACAUAUUGAAUUUCAAAGCUUUUGUUUACCUGAAGGAUAACAUAAGCUAGAUUUAUAUUUUUGGGCAUUACAUUUAUAAUGACAGGCUUUUUAUUGUAAAGAAUUUUAAAAAAGAACAAUAUUUUUUGGUUUAAUUCAAAUAUGGCGUGAGAAAAGACGUUUUAAAUGAUUUACCGAUAUUAUAGUAGGUUUAGAUAGGUUAAGAUGUAAAAAUGACAAAUUAAGCGCUGGGUUUUUGGACCAAUGAAGUUAUUUUGUAUUGCAAAGAUAAACAUGAACACAAAUACGUUUUGCAACUUCUAAUUCACCUUAUUUUAGAUCAAACUUUCUGAUUAGUCCGACUGGUCGGGGUGAUAAUGCCUAUGGCGGCCUUCUUUUUGCUCAAUCCUUGCAAGCAGCGGUCCAAACUGUCGAUUCGGAAAAGUUCUUACCUCAUGCCAUUCAUUCCUUCUUUAUUCUGAGUGUUUCCGUCAAAAAGCCGGUACACUACAAGAUAACACGAGUACGAGAUGGUCGCAGCUACAGCACAAGAUCGGUUCAAGCUGAACAAGACGGUAAAGCCGUGUUUGUUAGUCAAGUGUCAUUUUGUGUGGUAAGUAUUUUAAUUUUUGUUCUUUUGAUUUUAGGUAAAGAUAUUGAAGCCUUGGCUUUUAAGCUUUAAAAAUAAAUUGUCCAAGAUGUUAUUGUUGAUGGAUAAUAUGAAAAAUGGAGUGAAGAAUGGCUGAUAUUGGUUAAAGUUUAAACUUUUUUGUUUUCAGAAGGAGCCUACUUCUAUUGAACACCAAACUGCCAUGCCAAAGGUGCCAAUGCCGGAGGAACUGGUCGAUAAUAUUGACUUUUGUCGAGAACACCUGACGAAACAUCGUGCCGGAGAGAUUCGUCUACCCAAGAUAGUCGAAAUAGACAUGACUCAUCGUGUAGAUGGUGCCGAAGACAAUGUUUUCGAGUUCAGGGCAUGCGAACCUUCGAAAUACUUUGCGUUGGAGAAGUUCGGAGCCGAACCGUUGUGUGUAUGGCUUCGGUGUGCGGUACCGUUGGACAAUUGCAAGGAUUUACAUCGAUUUUUGGUCGCCUACAUCACCGAUGCAACUUUGGUUAAUGUGGCUAACAAGCCGCAUGUUAGUAACGGGUAUGUGCCUUCCAUGUUAUACUCCUUGGAUCAUACGGUACGGUUCCAUGAGGAUGAGUUCCGGGCUGAUGAGUGGCUUUUGUACGAGAAUUGGAGUCCUUGGUCGAGUAGGUUUAUAUGAUGAUAUUAAAUUGGUUGUUAUAUUACUUUCAAUUUAAAAUUCAAUUUUCAAAAAUUAAUUGGCUUUUUUACGUUUUUUGGCCAAUUUAUCAUGAAUAAUAUAAUUUUAAUUCAGUUGUUUUACUAUUAUCAUGAACAAUAUAGCUUUUAUGAUGAAUAAUAUCAAAAUAACCCUUGUAUUUUUCAGAAAACGGCCGAGCUUUCUCCGAAGGCCGCUUAUGGACCCGGGAUGGCCGUUUGAUCCUCUCUGCCAGCCAAGAAUCUCUCAGCCGCACCCGCGGCGCCAAGUCCACUUUAUAA